CGCCUGCUCGGCACAGCAGAAGAGCUGGAGAACACGCGCGGUAACCCUACACGUGAUGACCAUCGGCGGCUUCGCCGAAGAUCCGGGGAAGAAUGACUUGCACCGAGCCGUACUUCAUCAGCGAAGGCCAAUAUGCCCUAGUGGACGAGCUGGAGAAUGCGCGGGAGAUAACCUUACAUGUCAUAACUAUUGGCACCUUUAUCGAAGAUCCGAGCAAGAAGGAUGAUUUUGCAGCUAUCGGCGCCGCCAUACGCCAAUAUCUUCCGGAACGAGAUAUGCCGUAUAUCUUAGAUAUUGAUUUGGACUUCUUCAGCGUCCAAAACCCUUUCAUCUCACUUCACGACGAAGUCAAUUUGUACGAAAAAAUCGCCACAUUGUAUGCGUUUCAAAUACCUGAAUCAACGGAUCCUAUGGUUCUCAAAGAGGCGACCGCAGCGCGAGAAGAUCAAAUCAACGAAUUAGAAGAGCUCUUCAACUAUUUGGACGACCACCGGAGCCUGAAGGGUUACAACGGCGAAAAGACGGCGCGAUAUGAAGCGGUGGAGAAUCUUUAUCACCAGUUGACUGCUGCAUAUAAGCAGUCGGAGAUUGACUGGAUUACUAUCCACAAUGCAGGUUUAACUAGAGACGAUACCGAUCUCCCACAUCACCCGACUUCUCGCGCUGAUCUUGACCGGUUAAUUACCGGCACGUUCAGAUCAUUUUUAGCUUGUCUAUCGAGCUCGCCAACUAUCGUAACAGUUGCCAGAUCUAGUGAGGAUGAUUAUUGUCCACCGGCAGAUGUAGACAUGAUUCAAGAAGGUGUAAUUGAUGAGCUUCGCCAACGUCUUGGUGACGUAGACGUUCAUCUGUCUUAUACUUCACCGGAAACACACUAAUUCCGAAUAAAAAUAUAAUAAAUAUUUCGUUCCUUUUUUUACAUAAAAUAUACAGAAUAUUACUUUAAAUCUACUAAUCAUUUUUAUAAUAAUAAUUACAAAUAUGUAUAGCGUACAUACAUGUAUACGUAGCAUUAUUGCAAACAUAAUAAUCAUUGUUAUUGUAAUAACUACGCAUACUAAUGCUGUCUUCAUUCGCUAUUUAUGUAUGAGAAUAAAUGUGAACUAAUAAAACGUAUAAUUGA